AUGUUGCUUUCGAACGUCAACAUCUUGGAUGUCUUCGUUAGUGGAGACGUCGGUGAUGACGGCUACUACACCUCGUACGAAGAGCCUCGGGAAGACAAGUUUGCUUUGUCGGGAAUGUUUAGAGACAUCGAGCUCGACCGGAUCUACCGGCAGCAGCGUGCUUCGUUAGAGCGCCGGAGCACGCUCUUCACCUCGUGCGCCAUUGUCACCCUCGUUUUCUGCAUGAUGCUAACUGCUGCUGUUGCCCUGUUCUAUUGGAGGCGGAACAUGGAAGUUUCGGAAGCUAAGGGAAUUCGGCAUGUUUGGAUCUGGGGGUGCCUGGGCGGUUGGGGGAUGGAUACCAUGGGCUUGACAGGUAUUGUGGCUUGUGGCUUACAUGUCUACGUCUACGUGCAUGUCAGCGAGGACGAGCUCUCUCGUUGGUCGGUGGCGACCCUCAAAGAGGCUCAUUUGCAAACAAUGCCCUUGAAUGCCAAGGAAACGCAGCUGCUGCUAAGAAGUGGUGUGGCCAUCGAGAAAGCUGAGCUAGUUCAAGCUGUGUGCUUGGCAAACUACGAGAGCGGUAUGCAUUCCGGUUUCACUGGAGAGGAGGUGCGAGAGGCAACGGUCGUUCCUGCCAUCCCGUCGAAAUACACAGAGGUCGUGGAAGUCCAAACACUUGCCGGGACGAAGGUGGGCACAACCCGGCUGCCCUUGAAUGCCAGCGUCCGCACCCUGCGAGAUGAGAUUCAGCGAUGGCAGCGCCCCAAAGAGGGCGCCUACGAGGAUCCCGAAAUGAAACUUUUAACCGGCCGGUCGAUCUUGGAUGACAGGCAACCGCUGCGCAGCUAUUGCACCUACUCCGGCGAGCCCCUAGUCGUCACGGCUGUGAAAGGGAAGACCGUGGAUGUUGCAGUGCAGUGUGGCCAGGAGACACUUCUCAUGUCCGUCUCGACAUCCACCACCGUGGCCAUGAUCAAGGACCAGCUCUGUGAUGAUCUCGGCUGGGACGUGUCCCUGGCACGGCUUAGUCUACUAUUGCCGCUGGAGGUGCUGCCCCUCGACGAUGAGGAUCUCCUCCUCUCAAAUGGCUUUGUUCCCGGGAGCUUUUUUCGGCUGACAAAAUGGACGCCUAAUUGA